UCGGAGCAGAAAAGUGCACGCGCGUCCGUUAUGUCCGUAUAAUCAUUGUUUACAUGUGAACAGUGAAAUAAGUGACGAAUGUAGUAAUCUGACUCCAGCACCAUGAAAGUCGUUAUAUGUCUUUUAAUCGCGUUAGCGCAAGCUGAAGAUUUCGAAGACAUGGAGUUUACAGACCCACAGGAAGUGAUGAUAGCACAGGAAUCCCAACUACAUGAAGUAUCCCAGCCCGCAGUGACCAUCGUGAAACCAAAUGGUGUAACGAAUUCGCACCGGCCACAGUACGAUAUAGAUUCUAUAGAAGCCAAUUUUGACUAUGAUGCGACAAAGAAAAGGGAUCUGGUAAAGAAUCACCAAUACAGUAAGGAAGGGAUGAUACGCGAUGCGGUACUACGCGCUUUAGAGAGGAAGGACCACGUUGGGAAGUUUGCGCAGAUUGUUCCCAUAAUAAGGGCGAUGUCAGGAACUCAAAGAAAUGCCCUAGCGUCGCUGGUAGCUUCGCAAGUCACAGUUCCGCCCGGAAGACAACCACUUAACUUAGCGCAGGUGAGAUCAUUGUUUGGUAGUAACAACGCAACAGUCAACCUUAUGCUGCCAAUAUUACUGGACACGGCAAAUCUCAUAAAACGUGCAAGUAGAACCGGCAAACAGACACGCGAUGUAGUAUACCCACAAGCUCACAUCCAAAGACGAUCAAUCACUGAAGAUACACUAGACGAAGAACGAUUUGACACAGGAGCACAAAAUAUAAAAUGGCGGCAUACAAACAUAUCACCACAAAGCCACGUACAAACACCAAUAAAACAUAACACAACAAAUGAGAAUGACGGACCCACACAUAAUACUACAGGCUCAGUUACAGACAAAGAAAAUCAUAACAUAAUAUUAAACACAAAUUCAAAAUACGAUAGCAACGUGAGUAAAUUGAUUGAAGACACAGACUUGAAGGUGAAUGCUAUUCAAAUAGCCAGGUCACAGUUUGAGUCAACAACAAGGAUGUUUAUGAACGGAACAGCAGAAUCUCAAAAUGAUACGAUUAACCAGACUUUAGGACAAAACGUGCCGUUUGCUCAAAAACUUCGUUCACUCAAUAGAUAUGUGGACAGAAAAGGUAACCUAAUACGACGAGGAACGUAUCCUCAAAAGCCAGCGACAGUUUCCCGGCGUACUACUGCUGAACCAUCAAUAGGACCGAUUAUUCGAAGAAGACCACAGCCGCUAAGAAAAUUACAAAACGAACAAAUGCAGUGUGAAUUAUUUACCAAUAGUUUGUGUUUGCACAUAGAAGACUAUCCUACUGAAGCAAUAAUGCAAUCGAUAAGACGAAAUAAGGCGACAGCAGUUGCUCUUCUCGCUGAUUUCAAGGAGCCUGAUGAUGGAGUAGUCGAUGGAGUAACAGCAGAUCAAGAAGCUAAAUAUACAGCUGAGCAUUACUUGAUAUCAAAUAGACGUGGCGAUACGGCUAACAGAGAUUUUGCAUCAGCCGGGGAGGCAGGUUUCAUGUGUCCCAGUACUGUAAAAUAUGCAAGACCACAAAGAGCAAGAGCUACUUCCGGCCAAUGGAAGUAUAUAGUUAAUACUGGAGAGCAUACACAAACCCUUCGAUUGGAAAAAUGCCUGAAACCAAAAGAAGCAUGUACAUAUCUAACAGACAACUUUAAAUCGAAAUGCAUUCAAGUUUAUAACUAUCAUAGGCUUUUAACUUGGGAUCAGCAAAACGGCUUGCAUAUGGAUAUAUUCAAAGUUCCUACUUGCUGUUCGUGUCAUAUUGAAGGGUAUAACGUAGCUUUUCCACCUUUGGGCCAGCGGAUUCAGGAGAUAGCAUCUGAACAUUUUCCAGGCGAGGAUUUAUCCUCGGAUCAAGGAAACCAAGCUUUUGAAGAUGUGCAGUCAAGUGUGCCAAAACCAUCUGUUACUAAGUCACCAUCUUUUAAUUUCAAUAAGCCUAAAGAAAAUUCAUUUAUUGAAAAGCACAAUAAACAUAGCUCUCUAUUUUCACAUACAAAAAUUAACAACGAUGAAAUCAAUAAAAUUCAGCCGUUAGGCCCUACUGAUUCAUAUGGUAACUCAUACUUUAUUGAUUCACUUAAUCAGGCAAGUUCUAUCCGUAACAUAAAGAGACCGAUAGCAAGAAACCCUAUCGGUAUUGGAAGUCCAUCUGGCUUUAUUUCUUCAGGAUCAGGAACAUUGCCUAGUUAUUUAGAACCACCAACACCUUCAGCGCCAUCAGGUUUUGAACAAUCAAAAGAAAGUUCAUCUAAAAUAAAGAUUACCGAGGGGAAACUCAAAAGAGGUUCCUCAAGACCACAACGAAGACCAAUAAGAAAAAAAUUAUCUGCCCCAGAUGAUUUAAUUUCAUCUGGAACAUCAGCAAUGGGUACAUACGAGUAUCAAAGUGGCAUUGAUGUCAUGGAUGAAUUUAAUGAAGAACACGAAAACGUUGAAUCAGUAACUCCUAGCCAUCUAGGCUCCAGAAUAACUAUAUCUCCAAAACUUCACGCUAUAUCAAUUGAAAAAAAUAUAAACCAGUUCGAUGAAACUAAAGUAAAUCAAGCAAAUUUUGUCAAUGAUAAAAGAAUAAAUUAUAAUUAUCAUCCAAUUAUUGAUUUCUUUGGAGAAGAAAGAAGGGAAGCUGAUUCGAUUGAUAGAGAGGAUAAUUUUAAUCCACACGUUCCGGCAUCUGAGUCAGAGUGGAAACCAAUAAACCAUAAUCCAUCUAAUAUAAAUACACUAGCACGAAAAAAACACAAGUAAAAUAGAUAUAUACAUUAAAUUAGUUGUUUAGAGCAUAUUAUUUAUACUUUUAGUCAUAAAAUGCAUAGCUUUACAUAGUUAUAUUAUAAACAUAAGAUAAAUGUCUCGUGAACGACGCCAAAUUUUAGAAAUAAAAGGUAUUAUAAAGUUUAUUUAUUAAUUAUUUAAAGUGCAUUUUGUAUAGUUGAUAAGACUUUAUACAUUUUAAGUCGUCAGUGCAAUAAAACUAACAAAUAUGAUGUUUUAUGCAUGCAUAUAUUUGUUAUAAAUAAAACAUAAUAAUUAUGUCUUAUAUUAUUAAUAAUUAAAAGUUACAUGAUAUUAUGACUAAAAUUCUAUUAUUUUAUUUAAGUAUUUAAUUAUAAUAUAUUAAUAGUUAUUGGUUCCAUGUUGAUAAUGACGACAUAUACAUUAAGCAUACAAUUUUA